UGUUACCUUCCGUAGCAUUAUAGCCGGGGAGAACAUUGCGGGAAAACAGACGGUCGGGGGAGGGAGUCCAUUGACGAUAUUCUAGAAUUUUCAUUCUCACGCGCCUGUCGCUCCCACGGUAGUAUUAGCCAUUAUUCGUGUUGUCGUAGGUUAGUUUAUCUAAAACCUAGCUAGCGUUGCGCUGUAAGGUGCUAUAUUUCCUUUCCCCCCCGUGGUUUCAUCAGCGGUCUUCUGUGAAAGCGCCAGGGACCGGGACACGCUGAUGGCGGUCACAAUCGAGGAGCUUUAUCGGAACUACGGGAUCCUUGCUGAUGCUAAAGAAAACCUGAGCCAGCACAAAGAUGCAUACCAAGCAAUCCUGGAUGGUGUGAAGGGUGGUCCCAAAGAAAAGAGACUGGCGGCACAAUUUAUUCCUAAAUUCUUCAGCAGCUUCCCAGAGUUGGCUGAUGCAGCCAUAAAUGCCCAGCUUGAUCUCUGUGAAGAUGAAGAUGUGUCUAUUCGACGACAGGCCAUUAAGGAGUUACCCAGGUUCGCAACUGGUGAAAACAUUUUUCGAGUCGCUGAUAUUCUGACCCAGCUCCUACAAACAGACGAUACUGCAGAGUUCAACCAAGUGAACACAGCACUGAUUUCAAUUUUCAAGAUGGACGCUAAGGGUACACUGGGAGGUCUCUUCUCGCAGAUCCUGCAGGGUGAGGACAUAGUGCGAGAGAGAGCCAUCAAGUUUCUGUCCACCAAACUGAAGACUUUACCAGAGGACGUCAUGACAAAGGAGGUGGAGGAUUACGUCUUUGCUGAGACAAAGAAGGUUUUGGAGGACGUCACAGGAGAGGAGUUUGUGCUUCUGAUGCGCGUGGUGUCUGGUCUGCGGGUGCUGCAGUCGGUAAAUGGACGACAGCAGCUGGUGGAGCUGGUGGUGGAGCAGGCUGACCUGGAGCAAGCCCUGAACCCAGCAGACCCAGACGCCGUGGACCGGCUCCUGCAGUGCACUCGACAAGCUCUGCCGUUGUUCUCUAAAAAUGUCCAUUCCACCCGGUUCGUGACGUACUUCUGCGAACACGUCCUGCCUAACCUCAGCACCCUGACGAGUCCUGUAGCAGAGCUGGACAUACAGCUGGAGGUGCUGAAGCUGCUGGCUGAGAUGAGUCCUUUUUGUGGGGAUAUGGAGAAGCUGGAGGCCAAUCUGAGCACGUUGUUCACCAAGCUUGUGGAAUUCAUGCCGCUGCCACCUGAAGAGGUUGAGAACGGUGAAAACUCUGCCAGCGAGGAGCCCAAACUGCAGUUCAGCUACGUGGAGUGUCUCCUCUUCAGCUUCCACCAGCUGGGCAAGAAGCUGCCCGACUUUCUGGUGGACAAGGUGGAUGCAGAGCGCCUCAAAGACUUCAAGAUCCGGUUACAGUACUUUGCCAGAGGUCUGCAGGUUUAUAUCAGACAGCUGCGAGUGGCCCUGCAGGGGAAGACGGGGGACGCUCUGAAGACGGAGGAGAACAAAAUCAAAGUGGUGGCCCUGAAGAUCACAAACAACAUCAAUGUUCUCAUUAAGGAUCUCUUCCACAACCCUCCUUCAUACAAGAGCACAGUAACCUUGUCCUGGAAACCCGUCCAGAAGCCAGAGGCAGCAGCGCCCAAACGUCCAUCAGGGGAAGAAAUGGGAUCUGGGGCCAACACAAAAAAACAGAUCAUGCCUCUCCCACGACGGGACGCAAGGCAAAUUUACAACCCUCCCAGCGGCAAGUACAGCGCCUCUAUUGGCAAUUUUAACUACGAGCAGCGCGGUGGCUUCAGAGGCGGCAGAGGACGAGGCUGGGGGAUGAGAGGCAACAGGAGCCGAGGCCGAAUCUACUGAGAGACAGAAAUCUACAUUUCUUUGUCAGAACUGCAUCACAUCAGGAUCUCCUCAUCAGAAUGGACUAUUUGUCAUUUACCUAUAUAUAUUUUUCCUUUAAUUUUUUUACAAUUAAGUUUUUUUGUUUUUACUCUUAUUGCCUUUCAUCUGUGGGUCUUAGUUGCUUUCUUCUUCUGGCUCCAACUCCUCUUGUCAUGAACACAUGAGUAGCUGUAUUUCUCUCAGCCAAGGUAAUCCGUAAUCUAGAUGUGUGGAUUUUCCCUUCCCUCUUUUUAUUUUUGUUUUUCAGAAAAUUUUAAACCUUGUGUGUUUUUUGUGGAACAAAAGACUGCCAAGUUGUAACUAAAUAUUUUGGUCACAUAGUUGUGGAAGUUCCUCUUGUUUAGCAGCAUGUUUGUGGAAAAAUCCAUUUCAAUUUUCUCUUAUUUAACCAUUUUUUUUUUUUUUUUUUUUUUUAGCAGAGCUUAAUUAGAAUUGGCUGACUGCUUCUUUGUAUAAAUCAAUGAUGCCCUUUCAUUAAAUUUUUAUCAUAAAACUAGAUGGAAGUACAAUAUUUGUCCCUUACUCGUAUUUGGGGAAAGAAAAAGCUAUUUUCAGGACCAAGGCUAUUGAAAUCAUAUCACUCUAAAGUAUACUACUUGAUUUACCCUAUAUUUCGAUUUUCUCUUAAAGUUUGUUCCCCAAAAUUAUUUUUGGCUCACAAUAUAGCAUCCAGUUGCAAAAUGCUCAAAAACAUGCCAUCUUUUCUGACUAUAGCAUCUGUGUUCGAAGCAUUAAUAACCUUAAAAGAGGUCCCAACGUGUUCAUAAAUAUUAUUUUACAAUCUUCUUUUGGAGCCCCCUGCUGUCUGAAAUUAAUGAGAUUCUUUUUUGUUCUUAAUAUUAGAAGUCAAUAUUAAUAUUAAAAACCACAACAAAUAUUUGGAUCUGAACUUUUUUCAGUUAAAUUUGAUAUACUUUUUUUAUUUUAAUCAUAAAAUUACCAAACUGACCUAAGUUUGCAGUCUUAACUCCACCAGCCAAGUUUCUGUAAUCUACUUAAAUUCUCCGUAUAUGUCCUACAGGUUGUUACCAAUAGAAUAUGAUUUGUUUUAUUGUAAAUUUAUUAAUCUGACUUUCCCUCUGAGAAAUGAGCUUUGAGGCAGAAAUGCUUUUGCUGACAUCUGGUUUGUAAACAUUUUUUUUCCUUUAUUUGGUUGUGUUGAUUAAAUUUCCUCCAUCUAAA